AUGCAAGAGUGCCGCGCAGCAGCGACGAUAGCGCUCAUCGUUGCUGCGAGUAGUAUCGAAGUUGCACAAGCACCUGGAUGGCGGUGCUAUGUAAUGGUGGGUUCAGAUGAUUCUAUGAGGGUGUUGAUUGUAGCUGCUCGACAAUGCGAUGUGGUUGUAGGUUCAAAUGGUAGUGCGAUCAAUGGUGGUGAAUUUUUUGGUUGUUGUAGUGGUGGUCUUUUCAGUGUUUUGGCGUUGUGGGGGAUUUGUGUGGUUCUUGUUAGCGUUGGUGGAUCUGGCGGUGGCAGUGAGGCACAAGCACCGAUGGCCAUUUCCGUUGCACAAUCACCCACAUGGGAAGAAAUUGAUCGCGCUGAAAGUUAUCUUGUGUGCUGUAUGUUCGAUGAAUCGGCGUCCUUGUCGUCCUCUAUUCUAUCGAGAUUGCUUGAAAAUUGUAACUAUAAAAGAAAGGGAAACCAAUUUCCGGAGAAUUACGACAAUGAAUGGGAUGAUAUGUUGGAAUCAGCGGGCAUGGUUUUGGUUCAAUCCAUGAAACAGCUCCAAAGGACAUCUGAGAUUUUCAAGGAGCUUGAAUUGUUAUUUGGCUCCGUAGCUGCCAUUCCUGUACAAGUUUUCCUCACCGGGGUGUGUUUUCAUAUGUCAGAAGGCCAAUUGACUGUUACUCAAGGCUUUCUUGAGGAAUUUCUUAACAAUUGGAAAUAUGUGGAUCAGCGGUAUUAUCUUCUCUUGAACGCAGAAGCUAAUGCAGCCGACAUAGAAGGAUCUUGUUAUAGGUUUUCUAUAGGAGUUGACGAGUAUUUGGAAGCUGUUGAGCUUUAUGUGAUGUCACUGCUUGCAAUGGCUAUAAAAGACAUAGAUCUUGCUAUUUCUUGGGUGGACAAAGCCAUGUUACCUGAGGAGAGGCGUCAGGAACUCUUGAGGCGGUUACAUUCGAUGAAUUCUUCGAAGGUCAACAGUUCAUCACAAGCUUCUAUGUCACCUCAGCAGACAGAUGAAUAUAAAACAAAUUCUGAUCCCUUUGGAGAACAAAAACAGUAUAAUGGAUGUCUGAAAGAUUUUGAAUCUGGACAUCUAGCUGGUGGAGGGAAUACUACAAAACAGGCAAUUCUGAAAUUGUCUAGACAUAGAGUUCCAUACUUUUGGUGGUUCCCUUCCAUCAAUCUGAAAUUUGGCAAUUAUCGAUUGGUUGUACCUAGUGGGAAAGUCUUGCUAUCUUGCUUAUUGUUGCUUAUGUAUUAUUUUAUGAGGAAGAAGCAAGCUGCUUUAAAGAGGGUUCUUACGAACAAAGCUGUAUCCAUCAAAAAGGCUCUGGUCGACUUGUGGCAACUUGCAUUCUCAUACCAAGUGAACCCUCUGGCUGGUGUUCAACCCCUCCCUACUGCAACUCGUGGAAGCUACUGA